AUGAGUCAAGAUAGGAGAACGAGUGACAUUUGGAAGCAUUUUUCUAAAGUUAACUCAAGUUUAGCUAAGUGUGAUAUUUGUAAAAAAAAUUAUUCAUACAAAACUAGUUUGUCAAACUUAAAAAAGCAUCUCAAAAAUGCUCAUUUCAUAUAUUUAUAUACAAAAACUGAUACAUUACAGAAUGAGCCUGCAGUUGAUAUUGACGAUCCUGUACCUAGUUCUUCAUGUGUUAAAGUAGCAAAGGGUCUAACUGCACUGACUGAACCAAGCUGUAGUAGUGGUAGUAUUGUUAAUCAGGCAAAUGUUGUACAUGAGAUAACACCAAUUUCAAAAUCUAAUCCAUUAAAACGUAAUAGACAGUUGGCAAUUAAAAAUUUUACUCCCAAAAAAAAUUCUGUUGAUGGCCAAAAAAAAUUAGAUACUGCACUCAUGAAACUUUUUAUAAAAUAUCUACAGCCUUUUAGUGUAGUAGAAGACACAGGGCUUAAAGAGUUUGUAAAUAUGUUAAACCCAGGCUACAGGAUUCCCAACCGCCAUACCAUUUCCAAAACACUUAUUCCAGCAGAGUAUGAAAAAUGUGUGAAUGAGGUUAUAUCAACAAUAUUAAAUGAAUUAGACAUGGCUUGUUUAACGAAAGAAUGCUGGACGUCUAAGGAUAACAAAAGUUACAUUGCCAUAACUGUCCAUUUUAUUAACAACAAUUUUAAUUUGAAGUCUAUAUUAUUAAGUUGCCUUUCCUUUAUUGAGAAUCACACAAGCGAUAAUCUUUCUGAGCAAAUUAAUAAAACUUUAAAUGAGUGGAAUUUAAGACAAAAAAUAGCAUUUGCUGUAUCUGACAACGGCUGUAGCCCAUUUGCGCCCAUUUUGCAUGCAACGUUGCCGUUGCUGUUUAAAAAUAUACAAUGCUAUGUAAAAUCAAAAUUAAAAAAAAGUAAUAAUUUUAAAAAUAAUGUUAAAUACUAA